GUGUGGUUGUUUUGAUAACAAUUUCUACAAGUGUUUAACGCUGUUUGUGUGGCUGUUUGACAUUAUUUCUGGUCUUUGUUAUUUUUACACAAAACGGUUCACUAGGCAAUUGGUAUUUUUAGCUGAAAAUAAAGAAAUAUUAAAAUUUAUUAUUUAAAUAAAAAAUACAUUACCAAAUGCUGCGCUGAAUUCGUCACAACUGCAAAGAUAAGCGGAAAAUCCUUGCAUUCGAUGUCGAUUAGAUAAAUAUCGCAACGAGUGAAUGAAGAAUUCGGUGCAGUUGUCUUUAUACAGUGCUGUCGCGUUAAAGGUGUCUUGCGGCUAGAAAAGAUCAUCCAUCAUGGCACUAAUGCUUCCAUUAUUUAAUCCGGACAUUCCCUGUCUCGGAGCCAUUCUUGGUGGUUUGCCGCCGGGAAAGAAACUUAUCGUGCAGGGUGUACUGACCGGUGAUAGAUUUAACAUCAAUCUUCAGUACGGUCCGGAAGUGGAUCCGCGUGAUGAUACAGCGCUGCAUCUUAGUAUCCGUCCGGGUGAUAGAAGGGUGGUCCGUAACACGUACGCCGGCCAGUGCUGGCAGGAUGAGGAACGAUCGGGCGGUUGUCCGAUCAGCGUGGGUGAACCGUUCACGCUGGAAAUUCGGGUGAAAGAAACGCAUUAUUCGAUUCGAUUUAAUGAUGAAAAGUACUGUACCUUCAGCCACCGGAUGCCGUGCGAAAUGGUAAACUUUAUCCAUCUCGGGACGGGUGCUAGUAUCGAUUCGGUGCUGGAAACGUUUUAGCAAUGGCGGAUCUAACGGUUAACUGCGCGGGGGGCUCGAAGAACGCAAGUGUGAAUGAAUGUUGGUAGCAGCGAAACGCACACCAACACAGUAGUAUGGGGAAAGGAACACCAUUUUUUAACUAAUUACGUGUCACAUGAUAGAACCAAUGCACCUAAUAAAAAGCGUUUUCCUACUAAUCACAACAAUAAUGAUUUAUAUUAAUAAAAAAGUGUUUAUAUACCUAAACUUUCCACGAAAUAAUGAAAGAACUGAUUUGAUCGACAGGAGCGAAGAGCUUUUUUUUACGACGCUUUUUUCAUUCGUCUCUUCGGCGAGAAGCGAAGAAUGUCCGAAAAAAUGAGAAAUUUGAGAGACAGCGCCGCUUCGCCAAUUAUA